GGGACGGGGAGGGCGCCCAACUCGCGACGGCUGAGCGCGUAUAUAGAUAGGCGCACACAGCGGCAGGCUUUCCAACAUCCAGAUAUUCAGAUAUCGUGGCCAGUGGACACGGCUGCGCCAUCAUGUCACCACCGCUGCGACUCGUCCUGGCCCUCGCGUCGGCCGUUCUCGUGGGUUCGGCGCUGGCGAAUCAGCACGCUUGGGGAGCAGACCCGCUCGCCGGCGACGUGUCGCAGUUCGACGAAGUGGUCCCCAAGCCGGGCGAAGAGGAUCAGGUGAACAAGACUCUGAUCUGGCCCAGCAACACCCGCUGGUGCCAGUGCGUCGGCAACGAGUGUGGCUGCUGCUUCAACAUGUCAGCGCCACGCUUCGGCAUCAAGAACAAAGCCUGCAGCAACCUGACGUACUACCCCGACCAGUACGCUUUGGGCUUCACCAUCUCCAUCGAUGACAACGUUGUCCUCAACCGAACUGUGUCAGGCCGCGAUCCGCCGCCCAUCUGCUGGCCCGAGCAGAUCGCACAGUUGUGCGUCCGCUUCUACAACAUGACCUACCAUCGGGCGGAGGUGGACGGCUGCAUUAGGCUCGAGGGCGUCGUCGCACGCGAGGUCAUCGUCAGCUACAACGUCGGCUGCUACGUGCUCGACGACGAUGCCGUCAGGACGCGCAUCUCGGGACUCCGCAGAUUUCUCGUCGACGCAAUCCGCCGCCGUACGCGCCCGGAUCUCUGGCCAGAGGGCGUCAACGAAAUCGACGGCAGCAGCGAGACAUGAUGUGCUCCCGUCUUUUCUGGCCUCCCACUCUUUCUUUAGCGUACGCACUCGUCCGCGCGCGGUAAACAUGAUACAUUUUGAAUCGGCCGGUCUACAAUUUGAAGGACUGCCUGCCUAAAUGUCAUAUCUAUACAGGUAUUCCAAUGCGAGAAUAACGCGGAAGGCAGAAAAAAAGAAAAGAAGGCGACUACACCUCAUGUCGGUGCAUCGAGACAGAACUCACGAAUGCCCGUCGUAACUCGUACGGAUGUACAAAGACAACUUAAAAACAUUUUCCCCGUUCCAACUGAACCGCGCACUCAAGUAUAUAGCACAUUAUAGUAUUCUCUUGUGGUUGGCUUUGCCCGACACCACGAUUCACGACGAGAUUUGUGUGCUUCUACCGAAACAAAUAUACGGAUGCGUCGUCACUUGUGGCGGAGAGUAUCGUGCGAUCAGCGUACGAUCAGAAAAUGAAUAAAAAUUUAUCACGGGGCAUGAGGGGAAUUCUGCUGAUUGUUUCGUACAAGGGGUAGCGCUAGAUCCUUGUAAGGAUGCCUGCUCAUGGGCGAAAUCCCACAGUAGUAACCGACUAGCGUUGACAGUGCUGUGGUCCAGCGUUUGGAAUUUAUUGUGUCCUGCUGUUGCAUAUAUAUCUAGCGCGAUUUGCAUGGGCUCUCCAUUUGCUCAGCGAGUCUACUGCAAGCAUAGCUCCUGCUUUGUGCACUCCACAAUAAAGAGAAAAAAAAAGUUGUCAA